AUGGAGAGUUUAAGUUUCAAGAACCGCGUUGACGAGCUUGUUUCGAAAGUUGAUCAGCUCGAGCAGAAAGGGCAAGUGAUUGGUAGUUUUUUCUCGAGUGUGAAUAAAAAGCAAACUGACGUGCUGAAAGGCAACUCAACUACGAAGGACAAAGAUAAGGAGAAGCAUGUUCCUAGUAUUAAGAAGCAACUGCUGGAUGCAUCGCGUAGAGAAGUGGCUGCUCAGAAAAGAAUGCAAGAUCUUAUACGCCAGUUUGGCACAAUAUUACGCCAGAUGACACAACAUAAAUGGGCUUGGCCUUUUAUGCAACCGGUGGAUGUAGAGGGCCUUGGCUUAAAUGAUUAUUAUGAGGUCAUUGACAAGCCCAUGGAUUUCAAUACCAUUAAGAACCAAAUGGAGCUUCAGGAUGGUAUUGGAUAUAAGCAUGUUCGGGAAGUAUGUGCUGAUGUGAGGUUGGUUUUCAAGAAUGCAAUGAAAUAUAAUGACGACAGAAGUGAUGUUCAUGUGAUGGCUAAAACUUUACUGGAAAAGUUUGAAGAGAAAUGGUUGCAAUUUCUGCCAAAAGUUACUGAAGAGGAAACAAGACGCGAAGAGGAAGAAGCUGAAGCACAGUUAGCCAUGCAAAUUGCUCAAGAAGCAGCUCAUGCUAAAAUGGCUAGAGACUUGAGUAAUGAGCUGGAUGAAAUUGAUUCACAUUUAGAAGAGCUACGAGAGAUGGUUGUUAAAAGAUGCAGAAAAAUGUCAUCAGCAGAAAAGAGAAACCUUGGUAUUGAUCUCGCCAAACUGUCUGCGGAGGAUCUUAGCAGAGCAUUGGAUAUUGUUGCCCAAGCUAAUCCAAGCUUCCAACCUAAUGCUGACGAGGUGGAACUUGACAUCAAUGCUCAGAGUGAGUCUACCUUGUGGAGGUUGAAUUUUUUUGUUAGGGAUGCUCUUGAAGUCCAGAGCAAGAAUUCAGGAAGCGUCGAUGUAGAUGAAAACCCGAACAACAAGCGUAAAAGAGAAUUGUGCGAUGCUAUUGCUAAAGUAUCGAAGAAGAAGAAGUCCAAGAAGCUUAUUUGA